CACUUUUGUUUUCACUGCAGUCGGUUAUGCAUAUGUCAGUGCAAAACAGCUGAUUUUUCUACACAUUUUUUCGCAGGUUGUGUGGUGCCGCUUUGUAUUCAUUCGACUAGUUUUUAAAUCGAAUUUGAUUAAAUAAAAAUUCUAAAUUACUAUGAAUAAUUUAUACAAAUUAUUGCGAAAACCUUUAAGUAAUGCAUUACAACAACAUCAAUAUUUGACAAAACGUUUUUAUGCCAAUCCACCAAAGCGGUUCUACAAAAAUACAUCGGUGCUGUACAAUGACGGUAAAUACGAAGUGACAUUGGAUCAACGUAAACUAAAAACACCGAGUGGUAAUAUUUUCACAGUGAAAAGUGAACCACUUGCAAUUGCCGUUGCUACUGAAUUCGAUAGCCAGAAAGAAUAUGUCGAGCGCUCAAAAAUGCAUUUGAGCGCUUUAUGCUUCACAGCAUUGGACAAUCCAAACAAGCUAACGAAAGUGGACAUGGUGAACUAUAUAUUAAAUUUUAUAGCAACGGAUACUAUAUUAUAUCAAAAUGAUAAUGAAAAGGAUUUACAUGACUUGCAGAGUAACGAGUGGGAUCCAAUUCUUAAAUGGUUCAAUGAACGCUACGAAACAAAUCUACAAAAGACACUAAAUAUAACUCCACCGCUGAUCACUGCAGAAGAUAAAAUGAAAAUAUCAAAAUAUUUAGCAUCACAUAAUUUGGAAACUCUUCAUGGCUUUGUUUUUGCUGUGGACACAUUAAAAUCAAUUGUGCUUGCCUGCGCUGCUAUAGAGCAAAAAAUAUUCGUUGAAAAAGCAGUGGCGCUGUCACGACUUGAAGAAGAAUAUCAAUUGAAAUUCUGGGGACGUGUGGAGUGGGCUCAUGAUCUAAGUCAACAAGAUCUGCAAGCACGUUUAGCGGCAGCAGUUCUUUUCGUACACUUAAAUCGUUCAGAACAUUUUGUUAAGUCAAAAGUUGUAGUUUAGUAUUCCAUGAAUACGAUAUUUUAAUAGAAUAUACAUUUUUAAAAUAUGCUUUAAUUGUUAGUUGUUAAUUAAAAAAAUUCUCCUUGUACAAAUCCUAAAAGAUAAAUAAGAAUGUGUAACAUAUAUAUGCCUCAUACAUUUA